AUGAAUUCAACAUGCCAUGCAAAUGCAAAUGUAAUUUUGUCAUUUUUUAUUUUGGGUUGCUUAUUGACAAUAGUUGGUAUCGUACUCAACCUUUGCCUAUGUAUACUUUUUUGCCGUGCAAAAUCACUUUUUAAUACUCCAUAUGCUAUCUUCAUAAUUGCAUUAUCGAUAGCAGAUAUUGUGAAAUUAGUUGCCGAAUAUGUUGUACAUAUUUUAUUUCUUUAUAUUCGACAUCCUUAUUUUGUUUGUUCAAUAACAUGGUUUUUAACAAUGACCAGUGAAAAUACAUCUUAUGCAUUUCUUUGUGCUUUAGGCAUUGAACGUAACCUCAAGGUUUGGGCAGUAAAUGGUCAUUGUUUAAUAACUAGACGACGCGCAUGUAUAGUAACUUUACUGAUUGUUUUAUUUGUAAUUAUAUAUGAUCAUCCGUUUCUUUUUUUUCCGCACGAUCAAUCUUUUUGUUUUUUUAAAUUAUUUAAUCAAAAAGUAUUAUUUUCAUGUGAUAAUGCACACUACAGUGCAUAUGGUUUUAAAUUUUCCUUAACUCAAUUAUUAUUCAUUGAAAAUGUUGGAUUAAACAAUUUAGCUUUACCAAUACUCAUUAUAACAACAAAUAUUAUUUUAAUAUUUGGGUUACGGCGCCGUUCAUAUCAACGUCAACACUGUUUAGGUAGAAGCAAAAAGUACGACUGGAGAGAACGAAGCGUUAUGCUUUAUAUGCUUCUUUCAAGUUUAACAUUUGUUCUAUUAACAUCGCCCAUUGGAAUCUUAGGUAUUUGGACAACGUUGCACGAUCAACAUAUUCCAACGAAUAAUCUGUCGCUUGUACUUGAUUUAUUAGAAAUUGUUCAUCAUUGCUCACAUUUUCCUAUACUAUUAAUGACAAGUUCAAUAAUACGCACAAAAACAUUCCAAAUACUUUUUCAAUUUCGUUUAUCAAGACGAAAUUCGCAGAAUAUUUUGAGAAUAUCAAAUAAAAGAAGUUUUCAUUCCCAAGAAAAAUAA